AUGUUCACUGACAUACAGCAUUGGGUAAGGUCGUGUAUUGAUUGUCAAACGCUGUUUUCAGAUUACCUUACACGUUGGCCAGAGGCAUUUGCAGUUUCGACAAUUGAAGCCUCAGUAAUAGCUAAAUUGCUUGUGAAUGAAAUAUUUUGUCGACAUGGAGCGCCAAAAACGUUGCUUUCAGAUAGAGGUAAAAAUUUUCUGUCAAAGUUAAUCCGUGAAGUAUGCGGUCUCUUAGAUAUUAAGAAACUGAACACAACCGCCUAUCAUCCACAAACGGACGGGCUUGUCGAACGAUUUAAUAGCAUUAUUUCACAAUCAUUAUCAAUGUAUGUGUCGGCAAAUCAAAAAGACUGGGAUGAGUUUUUACCAUCAAUAUUGUUCGCGUAUAGGACCUCACCACAGGCGACAACUGGGGAUUCCCCAUUCUAUCUCCUAUAUGGGCGCGAACCACGCUUACCUAUAGAUGUCAAUAUAUUACCGCCGCAAACUGAUAAGCUCUCGACAUCCAUUGCGGAGCACAGGGCCCGUAUCGUCUCUCAGUUAGAGGAAGCGCAGCGAUUAGCUAAAGCAAACACAGAACGAACACAACAACAAAUGAAAGCCCGCUAUGAUUUAAAGUCGAAACCAGAUACCUAUAGAAUCGGACAACGAGUCUGGGUAUUUACCCCAAAGACCCAAAAGGGUUUGUCAAAGAAAUUGUUACAUUGUUGGCAUGGUCCUUAUCGCAUUGCGGAGAAAGUAUCACCUGUCAACUUUAAGUUGAGGAAUUUAGCAAAUCGCCUAAUCGCGACACCAGUACAUGUCAAUCGUAUGAAACUCUUUUAUGACGCAAAUGAGCGACCAAUUGAGCCUCCUAAUGACUUAGUUGAUGAUGAUUUUAGUAUGCGCGAAGACGAUAUUCCACUUGACAGCUUUGAGACCACAAGCGACACUGAAUCACACCCUGACGAGGAAACGCAAGAAAUAACGUUGAAAACGCAUGCCUCAAAUGUGCCUAAUCAGCCAGAUCAUUCUAAUGACGAUGAAAUAUACCAAAUUGAAAAAGUUUUAAAGACACGCUUAAGAAAGGGUCAGAAAGAAUACCUAGUAAAAUGGUUAGGUUUUCCGAGUGAACAAAAUUCGUGGGUGACAGAAUCUGAUAUGGUAACACAAGAACAACCCUCUAUCAACUCCUUGACCUUGACAUCGAACCAGCAGCGGAAUUCCAAGUUAGCACAACGCAUUUUCAGAUCAGUAUAUCAUCUGGUCGCAAUAUUGAUAUUACUAGUAACAUGUAUCACAAUAGGGUCUGCUCACCCCAUUAAUCUUGGACCUCUUUACGACUGUUCACGCGUAUACCAUACCGCACUAUAUAAGUUUACCGAUUAUUCACAUUGUGAACAUGAUAUGCACCUAAGUGAUUCUAAAGUUAAAUAUUUCGAAGCUGAUGUUUUGCAAUAUUCGCCAAGGAGCUCCAGUUUGCCUAUUUUUCAUUGCACUGCCCAACGAUUACGGAUGACGUGUUCUGAAAGUUUUUUCGGUCACAAAAGCAGACAUCAUACCUUGCAUACAAUUUCGGUUUCUAAUCGCGAAUGUAUUAAAGCGGUAAUUCAUCAUAAGACACGCUAUGGAAAACUGAAACAGCAUUCACAUGGAGAAUGGCGAACUCAUACCCCUGAUUCAUAUAGCUGUAAGUGGCUGAAAACUAGGACGAAUACUUAUAUUCAUUUUCGAGUGAUUCAAUAUUUAGCACGACUUACAGGAAAGGAUAGGUAUAUUCAACAGCACUUGACACAUACUCAUUGUCGUUAUUCUCGAUAUUACUGUCGACCCCGCGAAAAACCUAAAAGUUCGAUUGUUUGGAAAAAACUCAGGCACCAUGAUACCCGGUUGUAUCAUUCGCUUGGUAAAUUUACAGCGCAUCGCAUUGAUAAUUAUAUACUUAUUCCAUCCUUGAGCAUAAGUGGCACUGUUGUGAAAACCCGCGAAACGACAAUUAUGGUUCUUGAUAGCGGAUACGUUAUAAUUAAUCUAGCACAUCGUAACAGCACAUUAGUACAACUCGAAAACAAAUUGAAGUCAUUAAAAAUCAAGGAUGUACACCUUAAAAUACCCGGUCAAGGUGCAAGAAGGCUUGCACGCGUGUUCUCCAUACAAGUUAACUUAUUCGUUAGUCAUUUAGCGGCCCUGUCGGAACAGGAACGUAUCAACAUGAUUCGUGCAUGGGAAAACGUAUGUCGCCAACGCCAACAAAUGUCUAGGAUAUAUAGGUGGGCAAUUGAAAAUUUCCCCCACAGUAGCUCUCGAUGGUUCUCUAGUAGAGAGGGGCACACAAUUAGUCCAUAUGGAGAUGCAUAUCUGUUGAGUCAAUGUUAUAACGAAACUGCUUAUACCUUAAUUUUAAAUCGCACUUAUAACGGCACAUGUUAUUCAAAGUUUCCGGUUUAUCUCCAUACAAACAAACAAAUUAGGUAUUUGUCACUUACCGAACGCCGACUUAACAGUCAUUCUAAAGCAAUACCGUGCGAUAAUAUUCCGGACGCCACAUAUAUUGCUGAUCAUUUAGGAACUUUGUGGUAUAUCGACCGCAAUGGCACUGCGUCUAAAACCAAUUAUACCAAGACUUAUUUACCAGCGUUCUCCAAUGCCAUACUAAAACUUGGCGAUAUUAAUCCCCGAUUAUUAAGAUACAUUCCAGAGCCAUUUGAAACAUUUUCACUCCUUGAUGUUCUUGCGCAGACCCAAGAAACAAUAGAACAAUUAGACAACAUACGAGCAGCAGACGAGGGUAAUAACGUCGCAUUAGGCAUAGGCAAAAUCAUUGGCAUUACUCUAUCAGGUAUAUCUUCCGGUGGAAGUCAUAUCAUAAAGGCUGUAGGAUCAGCGUUACAUGACGGAUUAACGGGCCUUGGCAAUCUCGAUGAAAAAGUCAUUACCAGCUUAGGCAAAGCCACAGGAAACGUUAUAGAUUCAUCCGGUCGCGCAUUUGAGCACGCUGCCCGUGGCGCAGGUGGAUUCUUUCAUGAUGUUUUGGGAGGUUUAAGUGGUUCCCUACUCUGGGGUGCGCUCGUACUUUUGACAGUAUUCUGCCUUUAUCAAUACAUACUGAAACAACGGAACUGUUUUCAAAAAUCUGAUACAUCAGCUGACGUUGAUCAAACUGACAUUAACCAAGGUGACGUUGACGUUGAGAUAAACAACGAUCAAUAUGAGUUACAGGACAUGACAAUGCAGAACGAAUGUGUAGAUUGUGGGUUGCCCCGAUGCCCAUCCGUUUCUAACAACUUGUCCCAGGAGUCAUCCGUUUAGGAAGGCAAGCAGUUUCGCCCCUGCCUUCAUGUAAAUAGUUGUUUUCGUCUAUAUUGUGCUACGCUUAGUAAACGGAAUAUUCUAAAUUGUAGAU